AAACCACAUUCAGUUGAAAAAGGCGUUAUUAGGUCUUCCUCUUCGAAAAUCUGUUUCAUAAACCUAGGUCCCUGCUAUCGAGAGAGGGAUAACAAACAACUCUGAGAUUUCUCCCAAACGAAAGUUAUUUAGUGUUAAGUGCAGAUCUUUCCAUCAAACUUAACAUGUCUGGCCAUAUGGAGAAUCCGGUGAUAAGCUUGAAGCUACUCAUAGACCAAGAGAAAAACAAGGUUGUAUUCGCCGAAGCUGGUGAAGAUUUCGUAGAUGUACUCUUUAGUUUCUUGACGUUGCCAAUGGGAACUAUCGUUAGAUUGCUUGAGACGCAUCAGAAGUCAAAGUCAGUCCCCAUCGGCUGUUUCAACAAUAUCUAUGCAAGUGUAGCGAGUAUGGCCAUGAAGCAUUUCAGUUCCCAGGCUUCUAAACAGAUGCUUCUGUACCCUGGGAGUUUGAAUCAGGACAAAUGCCAAAAGACUAAGUUGAGGAUAGAUGAUUCACAGGCCUCUAAAUGUUUCAUGUGCCCUAUGUUUGUGCGAAGCGGGCAGUGCAGCAAAGAGUAUAGCAAUUUCAACACCUCGAGGUGUAGCUGUGGGAAUUUGAUGAACGAAAUCAUUCAGUUCCAAGGAGAAGGAGGAAGUGGAGGGAAUGGUGGAGUGUUUGUGAGGAGUAGUGCAGGUCAUACUUCGUUCAUGAUCUCUGAUGAUUUGAAAGUGGAAGUUAACUCUGUUGUGUCUACACUUAAACUUCUUAACGGUCUUGGCUACCCAAAUUGCGAUAAGCUGGUUGAGAUGAUUCUUGACAUCAAUCUCCAAGAGGUGGCGACUUUGCUGGAGUGUUUGUUCACAUCGGAGACUCCAUUGACGGAUACAUUUCUGAAAAAGAAAAGCUCAUGCGGUAUUAAGAGGAUGCUGAGUCCUCCUGCCUUGAUCGAAGAAGAAGAAGAAAGGGAGUCAAAAGCUGAUCAAACGAUAACGCUGAAUGCAUAUGUUAGGAAGAAGGAAGGGAACAUCAUGUAUGUUGAGUGUGGUGAAGAUUUUGUUGAUCUUCUUUUCACUUUUCUUGCUAUGCCUCUAGAAUCUGUAUGGGGAUCAAUAUCGGGAAACGGAAUCGUACUUGGAUGCCUUGGGAACUUGUGCAAAAGCUUCAAGGAGUUGAGCGUUGUUGAUUCAGGAAGAGAAGGGUCGGGUUUAAAGAGUGUUGUACCUCAUUACUACAAGUGUCAUGAGAAGCAGCAGCAGCUGCUUGAUGUACUUGUCACUAUACAUAAGCCACCAACUUACUACCGUUUUGUAUCCUUCUCUGUGGAUCAUUAUAGAGAGUACUGUUUGACUGAGAAGUCUGAUAAGCGACUUGUGUAUGGUUGGGAUAAACUCUUGCCUGUGACGUGUAAAGAUCCAAAAUCGGAAGGAAACAACAACAGCGCUGGGUUUGUGAAGAAAGGGACAAAGUUCAUGGUGACUGAUGAUCUGAUCAUUACUCCUUCCAACUCAGCCUCAGUUUUGGGAAUGCUAAAAGAUAAACAGAUCAGUCUAGAUGAUGUUGAAUGUCGAGUGAUCUGUAUAAAACAAGUAGAGGUGAUUAAAUUACUGAGAGCUUCAUUGGUGAGUUUUUCUGCCUUGAGCACUGGUCUUCUAGCUAUGGAGUCAUCUUCAACAAGUGUUCCUGAAAGCCGGUUUUAUAAGAAACCCAAGAUUGAGACUUGAGAAGCAAUCUUCUGACUGUUUCAGUUACUAUAAUAAUAUUAGUUUUCUUGGACAUCUACU